AAAUGUUUUAUAUCCUCUUUAUACUGAAAUGUGAGAAGUUACUUAAGCAAUGAAACUGCCAAUUUGUGAUUGCUUGUUACAGACAAAAAGGAAAAUGAAAAAAUAAAAAGGAAAAUUAAACACGGACUUCUUAUAAAAAGGGGGGUUGCUGAAGAGCCUGCGCCUUCCUGGGGUGUCACUCCCGGGAACUCUUGAGGACUGAGCCCUAAAACCCCGCCAGUCGAAAAUCGGGGGAAGUUUUAGGCACAACUCACGGGGAGGGGGCCUCCUCCCCAGACCCUGGCCCAGACCGCGGAGACUGGUGGGAGGGGCCCCCGGCCUCCAGGGAAAGGCGGGGCGGGGGCCGGGAGGCGGGGAGGGGCCCGGGCGGGGCGGCGCGGAGGCGGCGGCUGCGGCCCGACUCUUCCUCCUCGGGGGAGGCGGGACGUCCGCCUCGACGGCGCGCAGGCCUCACCGCCCCCCGGCCUCGUCUGGGCCCCGCGCCGCUUCUGCUCCUCUUGGCUGAGCGCGAUCCCCUAGGGCUCGGGCCGCCGCGGGGCCGCCCGGAGUUGACCCCCUGGCGGGAUGCGGCCGUGCUGGCUGCUGCUCUGGCUGCCGCCCCUGGCCGCGCCGCCCGCGGGCGCCGUGCGCUGGGAGGAGGAGGCGGCGGCGGCGGCCGCGUUGUCAGUUCCAAGGUGUAAAGCUUUGAAGGAAAUGGAUUUAAUUAAAACUUUUGAGUCAAACUGUUACUGCUACAAUCAAAAUUCCCAAAUGAAAUGGAAGUAUAUAUGGUCAACUGUGCAGGUGAAAAUUACUAGUUCAGGCCUGCUCAGUAUUGUCUAUAUCACAGAAAGACAUAAUUGCCAGUAUCCAGAAACCAUUCUGUCUAUUAUCAAAUGUAUGAUUCAUAAGUUUUGGACACCAAAAGAGUCUAAUGAUAUAACCAUAGUCAUCAAUCCAUAUGGGGAGACCGUGUGCUUCUCUGUGACUCCUGCCAGGAAGAUAUUUACCUAUACAAUGAGCGUGACUCGAAACAUUGUGGAUUUCAAACUCUUCCUUGUGUUUGUGGCAGGCAUGUUCCUCUUCUUUUAUGCGAAGACCUUGAGUCAAAGCCCUAUUUUCUAUUACUCUUCGGGGACUGUGCUAGGUAUUCUAAUGACAUUAGUCUUUGUCCUGCUACUGGUGAAAAGAUUCAUUCCUAAGUAUAGCACCUUUUGGGCUCUAAUGGUUGGUUGUUGGUUUGCUUCAGUUUAUGUUUUGUGUCAACUGAUGGAAGAUCUGAAGUGGCUGUGGUAUGAAAACAGAAUAUAUAUAUUAGGCUAUAUCUUGAUAGUUGGGUGUCUCAGCUUUACUGUUUGUUACAAGCACGGGCCCUUGGUUGAGAAGAGGAGCAGAAAUCUCCUGAUGUGGACUCUGCGGCUCCUGGCCCUGCUCCUGGUCUAUGCUGGUGUCACCGCACCUCGCUUCGCCUGUACGGUCAUGGUCCUUCUCCUGUCGUCCGGGAACCUGCGCUACCCACUGAAAGCGUUCGGCUACAUGAGGAAAGUGAAGACAUGGUUUACAUCGAAAAAGCCGGUGGUUAAGUACCUCACUGAAGACGAAUACAGGGAACAAGCGGAUGCUGCGACCACCCGCGCCCUGGAGGAGCUGCGCCAGGCCUGCCGCAGCCCCGGCUUUCCGUCCUGGCUGGCCGUCUCCAGGCUCCAGGCGCCCAAAAAGUUUGCAGGCUUUGUUCUUGGAGGAAGCCACUUGUCACCGGAAGAAAUCAGUCUGCAUGAAGAACAGUAUGGCUUCGGAGGUGCCUUCCUGGAAGAGCAGCUCUUUAACCCGAGGACUCCUGACAGCCUGCCUGCACACUGACUUCAUUCUGGACAAGGAAGUGGGGAAGCGACCCUGUUAAAGGCAGCAGAACUGUUCUAGGGAACAGUGGCAAAAGCAUUUGCUGUGGAGAAAAGCACGUUACACUGGAAAGGAAAACUAAACUAUGUUGAGGGUAGCUGGCCCUUCUUGACCAGUUCUAAUUGUACUGUAGGUGGCCACCAAGAUUCUGUGAUGGUCAUUACCACUUUCCCUGAGUGAAGGCUUUUAUAGGAACAAGGGAAUCAUAUUGAUCUUCAAGGGGCCAAUUAAUAUAAACAGGUGCCUUGUCAACUCCGGGACAUUAAAAUUUGCUCCCUUGAUCUCCAGAGCCGUGUCAAAAGACUACGUUGCUCUUCCUACGUGUUAUCAGCGUAAGUGCUGGGAGAGACCUGAGAUAUGCUGGACCAGUCUUUCCCAAAAUAGUCCACAGGAAGCUAAUCAGUGUUAGUGGAUAAAGGGAUACUAAGGUCAACUAAGAUUGAUACAAGAGUAAAUGAAUGUACUGCAGGCCUUCUCAGAACCUUUAAUAAUGCCAAGACGAGGUGCCCCUCCAUCCCCAGGCCUGAGGGUGGAGACGCACCCCAUGUCAUGUGUUUACAAGAUGGGAUGGAGAUGAAGUGCACCCUUUUCAUGUGUCUAUGAGAACGGGUACCCCUCCAAACACAGGCCUGUGGGUGGAGGUGAAGUGCAUCCAUAUCAUGUGGCUAUUAAAGGGGUGCUCAUCCAUACACAGGUCUAGCUAGGGAUGUACAGCCGUAUCAUGUGCCUAUUUUAUGGGUGCAUGUAAAUACAUAAGUCUCUGUAUGGAUAUGUAUAUAUGUAAUGUUUAUUAUAUAUCUGUAUAUUUAUGCAUAUAUAAUAUAUGUACAUAUAUAACAUGUAUAUUAUAUAUGUGUGUAUCAAUACAUAUGU